CUCCUACUCUCUACUCCAGAAACGUCCAAUUCUUUCCGUCUCCACUCACGGUCAACACAGAGAAUGGAAGGGAAGGCAAAGAACCCAGCGGCGUCGGUGGCCGUCGUGGCGGUGCCGUUCCCGGCGCAGGGCCACCUCAACCAGCUCCUGCACCUGUCUCUGGAGCUAGCCUCGCGCGGUCUCGACGUGCACUACGCGGCGUCCCCGCCGCACGUCCGCCAGGCUCGCGCGCGCGUGCACGGCUGGGACGACGACGCGCUCCGCUCCAUCCACUUCCACGACCUCGGCAUCUCCACCUACGUCUCCCCGCCUCCAGACCCCGCCGCCGACCCGCCCUUCCCCUCCCACCUCAUGCCCAUGUUCGAGGCCUUCACCGCUGGCGCGCGCGCCCCGCUCGCGGCCGUCCUCCGCGAGCUCUCUGCUUCUCGCCGCCGCGUCGUCGUCGUGCACGACCUCAUGAACGCCUUCGCGUCCGAGGAGGCGGCGAAGCUGCCCAACGGGGAGGCUUUCGGGUUUCACUGCACCGCCGUGUCGUCCAUCGUCGGGCGGAUGGACGCCGGGCACCGGCUCCUGCGCGACAACGGCCUCACGCACCUCCCCACCCGCGUGUCCGAGGAGUUCGCGGACUAUGCCAGCAAACGCGCGAUGGCGGGACAGUCCAUUUCGAACGGCGCCGGCAUCAUCGUCAACACGUGCCGCGCGCUUGAGGGUGAGUUCGUCGACGUUGUUGCCGAGCAGAUGGCGACCGACGGCAAGAAGCUCUUUGCCAUCGGGCCGUUGAACCCGCUGCUCGAGGCGACAGCGUCGGACCAGGGGAAGACGCAGCGGCACCAGUGCCUGAACUGGCUUGACCAGCAGCCGCCGUCAUCGGUGCUCUACGUGUCGUUCGGCUCGAGCUCCUCGCUCCGGGAGGAGCAAGUCGCGGAGCUUGCGGCGGCGCUGCACGGCAGCAAGCAGCGCUUCAUCUAGGUGCUGCGGGACGCCGACCGCGGCGACAUAUUCACAGACGCUGACGACAGCCGGCACGCCGAGCUGCUGUCCCAGUUCACCAAGCAGACCGAAGGCAUGGGGCUGGUGAUCACAGGGUGGGCGCCGCAGCUGGAGAUCCUGGCGCACGGCGCCACGGCGGCGUUCAUGAGCCACUGCGGCUGGAACUCGACCAUGGAGAGCAUGAGCCACGGCAAGCCAAUUCUUGCCUGGCCCAUGCACUCCGACCAGCCGUGGGACGCGGAGCUGGUGUGCAGCUACCUCAAGGCCGGCCUCCUCGUGAGGCCGUGGGAGAAAUACGGCGAGGUGAUAUCGGGGACAACCAUACAGCAGGUCAUUGAAACGAUGAUGGUCGCCGAGGAACGGCUCGCAGUGAGGCAGCGGGCAGAGGCGCUCGGGGAGGCCGUCCGUUCGUCGGCGGCUCAGGGCGCAUCAUCGCACAAGGAACUGGAGGACUUCAUAUCAUACAUGACAAGGUGAUGUAUGAUGAUGGAAAUUUUACACUGAAGCAUAUGCCGUAGUUUCCGUUUAAAUAAACUUUGAGCAGUUUGAGUUGAGCUUGGGUUGUAUAACUUGAGAGGAAAUUUCAUUUCGUAAUUCUUGUCGUGGUUUUAGUUUAGAACUAUGGAACGGAGUGAUAGUAUUAGGAGUACUAAACAAGCAUGAAUGGCCCAGUAUUUUCUUCGGUUGACACUGUCUCUUUGGGAUCACGGAUUAGAAGACCUGUCAGCCUUUCCUAAUGUAUUCUUCAUGUAAUCUUUGACUAUCUUAAAGGGAGCGCCUAGAAAUCAUCUAGCUAAGACAUAAA